GUUUUGCCAUUUGCCAUGUCGCUGCCAUGAAGCGUAAUGCAAAGAAGCAUCCGUACUCUGACUUGGACGCUUUUGCGGCAAGAAUAGCUGCAGACGAGCAACGACCAACAGCUGCAUACAUCGCAGCAGCCUCCCAUUCCGGAAAGUCUGCAUCAGUGUUGGUGGGCUUCCUUCGUGCCAUAGAGCAAAACACCGUGGACGGGCAGCUUUCUAUGAAUCUCAGUCAUUACUUGCACAUGCCCUUUGCCAACAAUAGCGGAAACAACCAUGAUUCUAUAGACGAGGAUCAGCUGGAGAAAGCAUGUGGGAAGCGCACCAAACUGCGUGAAGCCCUGGGUGCGUCUUACAUGAGGGAUUGCUUCAAAGCACAAGCCUUUGGGCAACGUUUUCGCUUCCUUCGACGUCUCCUGCACUUGCACUGUGAACCCACAAGAUAUCUGCAGGACUGGAAGCCAUUGUGGAAUUUCAACACUACGAAGAAGCUGCUCCAGAAGGACAUCUCCACCUUCACGCAGCGCAACCCAAGUGGCACGCUGUUGGUGCACGUAGAUGAGCACCGGUGUAUGUGUCCAGACCCACACUUCCGAAAAGGUGCCAUGAGGGUACUUGCAGAGCUUCCUGGUGUCCAGGUGUUGGCGACCUACACCGACAUACCACCCCUGCCCCAGCAGAAGUCCUCCGAAACCUGCCGACGACCGAUCGUGUGUUUGCUUCCAGACGUGGGGACAAUCAUGAAAAGGCGCCUGCCCAUGCAGGGCAUCGUGGAGAAUGAGGCUAUUCAGCUUCGGGUGGCAACUUUGCGCGUCACACUCGGGCUUGCCUUGCAGAAACUCCUCCUUGCCGGCUUGCCCCUUGAAUCCAGUAAGAUUGACCAGUUCUUGAAGGACCUCAAGGAGACUCUGAGGAAUGCCGACAACGAUGUCCAAGGGCUUGAGCAAUGCAUCCAGGAUUGCAACAAGACGUGGAUGGAUGAUUCGGCAGAAGAGCAGACCAGCCUAGUCGACCUGCUCUGUAGCAUCAAAGAAAACGAUAGGAGAGUUCAAGAGAAGCGCUUCCCGCAGGUGGUGGCACUAGGGGACAUACUCACGGCACCAUUGGAGGUGCUACUUCGUGACGGAGACGAUGACUCUCUCAGUCCUGCCAAUAUGCUACAUGUUUCCUGUCAAAAAAUCUUCAGACAAGCACUGACAACGAGUCCAAGAGCUGCAGUAACAGCUGGGAAGAUAUUGGAAUACGCUUAUCUUUGGACGCUGGCUUGCAGGUCGUACAAAUUCAGCCGGCUGGAUUUUGAUGAGCUGUUGGUUCCCUUUCAGUGCAAAAACGUUCAGCCCGGCUACAUCUUCCAAGAGAACAAGAGCCUCGACUCUGCCAAAGUUGCGGAGAUGCAGACCGCCACUCUUUACUAUGCCCAGGGGAACCAUCCGUGUGCCGACAUGUUCUUCAAGGAUGGUGCUGGUGCUUUGUACCUGGUUGAUGUGGGUGGCACUAGCGAGAUGUCGAAGGCGCAGAAGAAGAUUCAGAAAAUGGACGAGGUCUUGAUGAACGAAAGUUUGGCGUGA